AUGAGUAAACAAGAAAAAUCGGCAGAAGCAGCGUUACAUGUGUGCUGGACACUUAGUAAACACCAAAAAACAUUUUCAGAUUCUGAAAUAAUGAAAGAAUGUAUGUUGGAAGUAGCCUCGGCACUUUUUGAAGGAAAAAAGGAUGUUUUCACUGCAAUUCAAAGUAUUCCAAUGUCGGCAAGAACUAAUGACGAAUUUAUUAAGAACUCCAACAUUCAUUUUGGUAAAUUAGUAUCACUUUCAACUGACGGUGCCUCAGCAAUGAUUGGCAAAGGAAAAGGUGCAGUAAAGAAAAUCAGGGAUCAGAAUCCAGGUCUAAUAUCGUAUCAGUGUAUAAUUCAUCAGACUGCCCUUUGUGGAAAACUUAGUGCUACACUGAAAGAAGUAAUGGACAGCUUGGUGCAGUUGAUUAAUUUUAUGAGGUCUCAUUCUUCUCUUCAACACCGAAAGUUCAAGAAGUUUCUUUCAGAAGGCGAUGCAGCGUAUUCUGACUUACUGUAA